AGUUGUCACUUGACUUCCUGCGUUUGUUACAUUUAAAAAUUUUGCCUCACCGUUUCAGCUCAGUUUUUCUUGUUUAUAUCGGUUGCCUCCUGAGCAAAGUGGAGGAAGGAAAAAUCAAAUUGCACUGUAGGCCUCACCUCGCGGCACACAAGAUGAAGCAGACAGCCUGAAACUCACUUGUUUGAUGGGUGUUAAAUUUGAAGCUGAUAGUAUGCUUCUGAGACCUGCCUACACAGACUCACGCUGGCUUUGUUUGCACUGCUAGUCAGGGCGAUAACCUGUUUUUCUUUUCAUGUGAACAAGCGCAUUUCCAUAUGUUGUUCUUUACGGUCAAAGUCUUGCUAGGUGUAAACCAGCCUUACAUUCGAUUUGUGUGUCACUCCUACCAUAUCCGUGUAGCACAGAAGAUGACAAGGCUUGCCUUGUACCAGCCAGCAUGCUUGAGUUUUUCUUACUAGGAUCUAGACAUCAGCGCUUUGCUUUUGUGAACAGUUGGUUUGAAGUUGCUGGAACACUCCUUGCACGUUUUUCAGCUGAGGUAGAAGGAACAGCAUAUUCAUGUUGUUAAUUAUAAGGGACAGUUUGUUCACUUGUUCCUUGCGUUAUUAACACUUUUAAGUCCUUCCUGUUUCUGAAAUGAACAAUUGACUUUAUGGUUGGUGGUGAGCAACAGGCUGCCAGAUGGAGGCUGGUGAGAGAGACAGUAGCUACUGAACAAAAGUUCUGCCUAGAACUGUUUCAUUGUCAAAUGAAUCAGCUGUUAACACAUCUGUGUUUUAGGUUGUGAUCCCUUGAAAGCUAAACGUGAGAGGGUUGUGAAGAGGUCCUUGCUACAGUGUCAGGGCCUUGAUGUGCAACUACCUUUCAACUGCUCUUCUUUAUUGUUUUUUCUUUUUUUUUUCCCCUUAAUGUUUUUGAACAGGUUAUGUUUAGAAGAGAGGAAGUUUCUACUGUGUACUUCUAUGGUGUCCAAGCUCAUCUAUUGAUACUUCCUUCGUAACUCCAUGGUAAAACAGCUUCUGAGAGUAUCAGUUUGGUUACCACAUCAUCUGGAUCCAGAGGUCGCUUUUAAGAAAAUGUGGACUGCUAAAAGCCUUUGUAGUGCUCAAAUACUGUUGCUUCAGUUGAAAGAAUGCAGAUUGUGUAGUUGCAUGUUUCCAAAAACUCAACCGUUCUGGAUUGGAAUUCUAAACUAUUGCACCAUAAAAGCGCCACGUAACAGAGUUAAAUUCCAGGUUUCCAAGGUAAAUGACAGACGAUUGGUAGUAGAUACAAGAAUGGCUACUAGUGCAGAGGGAACUAAAAUAGCUGCUGGAAAAAGUCGCAGUGGAGUAUGUGAUGGAAGCCAACGUUCGUUAGAAGCAAAAAUGAAACAUAUCAAUCUGUCAUUUGCAGCUUGUGGGUUUCUGGGUAUUUACCACUUGGGGGCAGCAGCUGCUUUUUACAGGCAUGGUAAGAAGUUACUGAAAGUUGUGAAAGCUUUUGCGGGAGCUUCUGCGGGAUCACUGGCUGCCACUGUCUUAUUAGCAGUACCAGAAAAUAUAGAGAAGUGUAAGCAGUUUGCCUAUGGAUUUGCAGAGGAAGUUAGAAAAUUGGACUUCGGUGCUGUAACACCUGGUUAUGAUUUUAUGAAAACGCUUAGGGAAGGCAUAGAGUCUAUUCUUCCUUCUAAUGCUCAUGAGAUAGCUGAGAACCGGCUCUAUGUGUCAGUCACUAACACCAAAAAUGGGGAAAAUCACUUGGUUUCAAGUUUUGCCUCGAGGGAGGACCUCAUUAAGGUCCUGCUAGCAAGUAGUUUUGUACCAGUAUAUGCAGGAAUUAAGCCAGUGGAAUAUAAAGGAGAGAAGUGGGUUGAUGGUGGCCUUACCAAUGGCCUUCCUAUCUUGCCUGUUGGAAGAACUGUGACGAUUUCUCCUUUCAGCGGUCGAUUAGAUAUCUGUCCACAAGAUAAAGGACGUGUGGAUCUUUAUGUUAAAUUUGCAAAACAAGAUAUAAUGCUGUCUCUGGCCAACCUAGUAAGGCUUAAUCAAGCUUUGUUCCCACCAAACCAGGAGAAAAUGGAAUCUUUGUACCAAAAUGGAUUUGAUGAUGCUGUACAUUUUUUACUGAAAGAAAACUGGUUUGAAUAGAUGGUACGUAGAAAAUUAACAACCUGAUGGCUGUCAAAACGCAGCUACGGGCAUCCUACAGAAUCUACGGGAUUGCUGUCCCAAUUGCAGUUUAUGGAAAUAAAAAUCCCAAUGGAAUUGCAUCUACUUCUGCCGAGAAAGUAUCAGUUGCACUCCGAAGACAUGUAUAAACAUGUCAGAAUGGGAAUUGUACUUGCCUGGUAGUUGUCUUGUUUUGAGGAUGUUCAAGCUUAGAUCCAUUUUACUUCAGCUGAGGACUUGAGUGUGGGAUUUGUAAAAAGCUCGUGUUGCCAUAAUUGCAGAAAUUUGGAAAAGUCUUUUUCGACGCUAUUUGAGAGACAAAUUGAGGUCGUACCAUGAAAAGUUACAGUCUGUAUUGUUCACUUAAUGUAAUAGUUGUGCGUGCGAACUGGAUGCGUGCAAUAUUGCUGAUCUAAUACAUAUCUUGCGAUGUUCUAAAGGACUUGAACACUUAGCACUAGCCACAAGAAAUAAAACGUUUGCACUCUUUUACUCUGUGUAUUUUUUAACAUUAAAAGUUCUUGCCUUUCUCAGUGAAUGUGGUCUUAAAAUUUGAAAUACUAGUUGAAAUUUGUAACAGAAGUGUGAUGUUUGAACGUAAAAAUAUCUUGUAAAGAAGGGUGUAAGAAACUUAUUAUUUAUUAUGUUUUCUUCCUCUGCUAAAACUGAAUAAAUAUAUUUUCUUGA